CAAAACCCUAAUUCGUUGCUGCGGCCGCUCUAGCGUACGAGAGAGAGAGAGAGAGAGAGAGAAUGACGACCCGCUUCAAGAAGAACAGGAAGAAGAGAGGUCACGUGAGCGCCGGGCACGGGCGUAUCGGAAAGCACCGGAAGCAUCCCGGAGGUCGCGGUAACGCCGGAGGCAUGCACCACCACCGCAUCCUCUUCGACAAGUACCAUCCGGGUUACUUCGGAAAGGUAGGUAUGCGUUACUUCCACAAGCUCCGCAACAAGUUCCAUUGCCCCAUCGUCAACAUCGACAAGCUCUGGUCCCUCCUCCCCCAAGAGGCCAAGGACAAGGCCUCCGCCGACAAGGCCCCCUUGCUCGACGUCACCCAGUUCGGUUACUUUAAGGUUUUGGGCAAAGGGGUUUUGCCUCAGAACCAGCCUUUGGUUGUUAAGGCUAAGCUUAUCUCUAAGAUCGCUGAGAAGAAGAUCAAGGAGGCCGGUGGAGCUGUUGUUCUCACCGCUUGAUUUUAGGGUAUUUUUUGUUUUUUUUUUGUUUUUUUUUUUAUUUUAAAGGAUUUUGAGAUCUGUUAUUUUUAUUGCGCUUUUGCUUAUUAUUGCUAUUAUUGCCUGUCUGGACUGGAUUAGUUGAGUUUAAAUGGUUUUUGUGCUCAAUGUUCUGGAUUAUAUCGUUUUCGUUUCGUGUUA